AUGGGAUUUCUGUGUGGGUCAACAACGGAGUCUAAUAAGGCUAUUGAAAGAAAAAUUGUGAUUUUAGGUGAUGGUGCAUGUGGUAAGACAUCUUUAUUAAACGUGUUCACUAGAGGUUAUUUCCCUGAAGUUUAUGAACCUACCGUUUUUGAAAAUUAUAUUCAUGAUAUAUUUGUUGAUAAUAAGCAUAUUACACUAUCAUUAUGGGAUACAGCAGGUCAAGAAGAAUUUGAUCGUUUAAGAUCAUUAUCUUAUUCAGAUACUCAAUGUAUUAUGCUUUGUUUUAGUAUUGAUUCGCGAGACUCCUUAGAAAAUGUAAAGAAUAAAUGGGUUGGUGAAAUUGCUAAUAAUUGUGAAGGUGUAAAACUUGUAUUAGUAGCAUUAAAAUGUGAUUUACGUAAUAAUGAACAUGAAAGCAAUGUAAUUAAUCCAAACAAUAUAGCUGAUCAAGAAAAUCUUUCAAAUGGGCGUGGUGGUAAUAAUAGAAAAGGUAAUAAAGAUUUAGUAACUUAUGAAGAAGGUUUAGCUAUGGCUAAACAAAUUGGUGCUUUACGUUACUUAGAAUGUAGUGCUAAAUCAAAUAAAGGUGUCAAUGAAGCAUUUACUGAAGCAGCUAGAGUAGCCUUAACUAGUGGACCUGCCGCUGGGGGGAAUUCUAAGGACAAUGAUACUGACGAAGAUGACAGUAUUUGCACCAUCAUGUAA